UCUGACCGGCAAACUGGAGUCCUCGUAUCACACCUUUACAGUCUACGAGGACAUUGUCAAUCCUCCAGCUAUACCCCAGGAUGUGGAGUUAUCAUGUCCACAUCUCAUGAGACCCGGGCAAUAUUUCCAGUGUACCGUCUUUCUGCGAAUUGGAACUAACCUCAAGAUCAACCUGAAAAUGAUGGAUGAUAUCACUGGUCGCGUGGAUGUCAACACCAAUGCGUUGCGAGUGCCCAAUUAUUGGUUCGAUAUCCCGGGUCAAGUGUUCCCUCUGCAAGCCUACAAUGACUCAACUCAAGUCACGAGUGGAGCUAGUUUCUUUUAUGCCUUUCCAUCUACGGCUUUCAAUGCCCUUGUCAAUGUAUCCAAGAUCGAGAUCGCCGUGAAAACGGGCGGGCUUUUGAAAUUUUCGAUUGCCCGACCUAUUUGUCCAAGUGGAACUGUUUGGUGUUCCUUGACCAAGAUUUGCGAAACUAAUUGUGUGGACAGCUUUCAAAGUAGCUCAUCACCAUUGAGAUGUCCAGCUGAAGAAGAAAAGGAAGUGUGCUCUCUAGAAGCCAGUUGCCGAAAUCAGCUGAGUUGUCCUUUGUCAGAUAGUGUAAAGACAGAUCCAUCUUCAUACAACGAGUUGUGGUCUUUUGAGAUGUCGGUUUCUCCACCGCCAAGUACAGGAGGCAAGGUCGUGCUAAAUAUACCAAAGGCCACUUUUGUGGACCCUAAAAGAGCGGGAAACGAAUAUUUGUUGCGCGACGUUCCUGCAUUUCCCAGAGGAUCCAUUCUGAUCGCCCAAUGCCCUGAUCCAGCCAAUUGUCCGCAAAUCUACUUCAGGCCUGCCAAACCAUAUGAAAUACCUGAUAUACCAAUUACGAGUGUGAUUGAAGGUGUUUUUAAACUGGGUCCAGUGGCCAGUCCUAAGAUGCAACACUCCAUCAGGGUUGUGACCGUAGAAAGCCGUCAUUUACGGAUCGAGCAACGAUUCUUUUGCGACAAACCAACAGAAAAGACUGUGACCCUCGAGGUGAAAACCCAUGACGGAGACAACUUGGAUGUGAUUUCCACGCCCACAAUCAGUUGCCAGUACCCAAUCAUGGAGAUCUACGACCUCAGUUUGGCGAAUCCAAACAACGCCCUUCACAUUCCGUUCAAGGUGAUCAAACCUCUUCCUACCCAACAAGAGAUUCAAUCCCGAGUUACCCCGAAUCGUACGGAUUACUUGGCCGAGAUGUGGUUGGUCACGGAUCAAGUCUUCACGUGGGACGUCAAAUUUGGAAGCGGAAGUCACGUGAUUGUCAAUUGGACUGAGACCCAACAAGCGGAGGUUUGUUCCGUGACCGGAGACGCCAUCACUCCAACUCCCGGGGGUGGAAUCACGGUCAACACUGUGGCUGAUACUCCAUGCAUUUUUCCCUUCCGAUACGAUCAUGCGGACAAGAUCCUUCAUUAUGGUUGCACCAACGUGUCCGCUUUGAGUACGAAACCUAUUUGUGCUACAAGUGUGGACCUGGAUAACGUGGCCACGGAGGUUGGCAUUUGCAACGCAGUCUGUCACGUCCAAAAUGAGAGACUCGUCGAGGUGGACGAAGCUCCAUUGAAUGUGAGCACGAUCAAAGAAGGCAACACUGUGUUCCGAAACGAUUAUCGCUUACCGGUAGAGACCACGAUUUCUUUACAACGAGUUUUUACCGUCCCCGGCACGAUUUACAGUCUUGAGCUCCAUGCCCAAAACAAUCUGGUGCCAGAGGAUCAAGCUCAUUUGACUUGGUCGGUGAUUUGUGCCAAUCCCAUAAAUCCUGAUGAUUGGUCAAUCGAUUAUGAACCUUAUAUUCGGCCGGGAAAUCGGUUCAAACUGAAAUUGUCCAUUGUCCCAAAUGUUCCGUUACCCACCCGACCAGUUCUGAGAUUCUUUCCCAUUCAAGGGCGUCAAGUCCUAAACAACAAUAUCAAGAUCGACAAGAAGAACCCUUUGACGUUUUUCGUGGCCAAUAGCACGAUGGAUGAUCCGGAUUGCUCCGCACCCGAUCAAAAACGAUGUGUCACUGAAUACGAAUUCACAGAAAUUGGAGUGUUUCCCACGGUCAAUUCAGGAGCCAAUGGAUUGGAGAUCGAAAUUGGUCUGAUUUUCGAAGAUUCCGAUCUGUCCCAAGGCUUUUCGGUUGAGUUCAAGAAUCCCAUUUCCAGCAUCAAAUACUACCAUGAUACUCAACUGACGGCCACUGAGGUGAUCUCCCUCCUGGAUGAGGGGCCUUUGAGCUCUGGAGAGUGGGUGGAUGCCACGGUGAUCAAGUGGGAUGUCAACUUUGUGGAGACAUAUUCUGUGAUUGAGGAACCACUCAGCUUCAAAUUGAAAUACACGUUACCGGACAGCUAUGGAGCGAAUGAGUUUGAUUGCGAUUUCGUGGAGGAUCGUUUCUAUCUUCCGGCUUCGGGUCAUCCUUCUUUCCAGAUCGGAUCCUUUGGUGGGAAUGCUCGACGAGUGGAAUACUCCAUGGAAAACGUGGAUCCAUUGGGAUAUUACCCACCACCUUGUUUUAUGGAUUGGCCACAAGAGGUUCUACCCAAUACUUGGCGCAUCAAACAUUGUCCCAACAUAACUGAAGGCACUUAUACCUUAAAGCUGGCCAUAUAUAAUCCCUUGGAUGGAUGGUUUAGCACGGAUAACAUUGUCGUCGAAGUGUUGUCACAAUGUGGACCAAUCACCAUCGAGGAUUGGGGAGUGAUCACGGAUGCUGGCGAACCCAAGACCUUUGAGGUAAGAUUGGAAAAGGCCGGACAACGAACGUGUGUUACAGUGGAUUGGGGCAAUGGUGAGCCACUGGCGCUCUACGGAAAUUUUGAUUCCUGUAGAAUUCGAUAUCCAACCUUAACGCCAUCUGAUGUUGGAGAAUUUAACUACAAUACAAAAGUGAUCAAGGAAACUAGAAUUUUUGGGCAAAGGGGAUUGUUUGCCGUGAAUGCUACGGCUUUCGAUAUUCGUCAUUUCGUGGAGAGAAGUCUGCCAAUCACUGUGUUCAAGAUGCCUUGCACUGCACCCAGGAUUUGGAUCCCGCUCAAUCAUACUUCCAUUGCGAAAGUGAGCAUGAUCCCGCAAAAGUUGAAAGCCGAUGACUUUGAUUUCCAUGCAGUCUCCAACUUGAAAUGCACCAAGCCAACACCAACUUAUAUGACCUGGAAAUUGUAUGAGGCAUAUUUCAUUCCCGACGAGAACAGUCAGAUUGGAGUGAAGGAAGAUCUCAUCGAGAUCCCCAUUCAUGAAACCAAUCCAACGUGGAAUUUGUCCGUUCUUGCGAUUCCCGGACUUACUUAUGGCAUAGGCGUUUAUAAAGCCGUUUUCCGAUUGGAGAUCGAGACCUACGAUCCCGAAAUCCCGGUCUUUGGCGAGGCAUUCACAUAUUUCCAAAUCGUUCCAAGCCCGCUAGUUCCUGUGAUCAUCGAGGGGUCUGCGUCCAAAAUCAGCCGUGGAUGGGGUCAAACACUCCAAUUGAACCCUAGAGCCUUGUCUAUCGAUCCGGAUGCUCCCGAGGAAAAAGAGUUCAUCUAUCAAUGGUUCUGUCGCUCCGUGCUUCCAACACCAGAGGAAUAUCCAUUCGUCGAUGAUAAUGACUGGCCCAUCUUCAUUGACAGUGAAGCUCAAGUCAUCCGAAGUCCCGGUCGUCCCAAGGCCAUCAAACCACCCCCGGGUUGUUUCGGGCUUGGCCCCGGUCCACUGAAAACGGCAUCGGGUCGGAUCGAUUUUAACACGAGCAGUUUUAUCACUUUUUCCCGGACCUUUGAGUUCACCCUUAUCUUGUCCAAGGACACCAGAAAAGCCAUCACCACUUUAAGAGUAGAAGUGACGAGUGCUCCACCACCGAUCACGACCGUGGCAUGUUUGAGCCAAGAGAAGAUGUGUUUCCCAUCAUUCCAAGGAUUGUUCGUCAAUCCAACCAAGCGAUUGGCUUUGGUUGGGGAUUGCGUGGAUCAAUGUGAAGGAACGCUAUCCUAUUUCUGGUCCGUGCAUGAAAUCACUCCUUUGGGAGGCUACAAGAGACUGGUUUAUAGCCAAUGCUCGCCUGGUGUCACUCUGGCAACCACUUCUAGGACAACAGUCACAACUCCAACAACAACAGUGACAACCGCCGCUCCAUUUGUCAGAUCAAUUGCAUCGGUUGUUACAACAUUUGGGUCGAAAACGUAUGCGUCCUCGAAUUUUGAGAGUGAUUCAAGUGAUCUGAAGAUCGUGACCAUGGAAGUGGAAGAGGCUGAUCUCUUUGAUGCUCCCACUGGACCUCCGUCAAAUAAGAGGAGAAAGCGCCAGGCCCUUCUUCCUCAAGAUGUGGAGGCAAUUGGGCCCGACCUUCCUAAUGGAUGUGAAUAUGCAUUUGGGAAUGGGCAAAGUGAUUCAAGAACAUCGGAAGAUUUGGCGAUUCGAGAGCUUUUCUUCGAGCUCAAUCCUGGUUUGAAGAACUUUCGAAUCACUUUCAAUGUAACUAAGACGGUCAAUAAUGGCCAAAGAGUUAUCAGCUCCAGUGGAUCUUCAUUCCUCGACAUCAUCGUUAAUCAACCCCCCAUAAAUGGAUCCUGUGAACUUUCCGUUAUGAGCACUAGUGCAAAUGAAGGAGGAGAAGAAUGGGUCCAAGCUUCAAGUGCUCGAUCUUUGAAAGAUAUCCUCCGAGUGAUCUGCUCCGGCUGGGUCGAUCCCGAUGGACACUCCAUCACCAAGUUUGUCUUCAAAGCUCAAAAGCUCGAUUCCGAAGAUCCGCCCGUAUUUCUGUACGCCGGACCACGUGCGGAUCUCAUGCUCGUUCUCCCAGUGGGAGAAUUUGCACUCCAGGCUGAUAUUCACGAGUCUGGGGGGACUUAUGUCACUACGAUCAUCGACCACAAAUUCAAUUCUUAUGUUCCCAAUGAGGAGGAUUACAAAUCCAUGGAUGUUCAAGCCGAGAUUAACCGUUAUCAAAGCGUUGGAGAUGGUGCUCGAGUGGCUCAGAUUUUGGCCGCUGAUGCUUCGAUUAAACAACUGGCCAAGUACUUUGAUCCAGAAGAAAGGGUCAAAACUCUUGGGUCAGAGGUGAAUGGAACAAACGGACCUGAGAAGGUCUACAGCGAUUCAGAUGUGGCUGAAAUUGAACAACUUCUGAAAGACUUGGCUUUGUCGAAUGCCAAUGCCCUAAAAUCCGCCACGGAUGCUCUCAGUUACCAAACCUUGGACGAAUUGAACCAAGGGGCGGGAUUGUUGUAUUCUAUUACCGGAGGGAUCAAUAAGAACGAUAUGACGGCUAAAACAAUGGAUACACAAGGACGACAAGCCGCUGUUGAUAUGAUCAAGAAAAUGAAUACUGGAUUCGAACACCUCACAUCCACCAAGACCGUGGAUAAUCCCAAUGAUUUCAAAGCUUUCAUUGAAGGCACUUCUGGGUCAGCUAUGGCGCUCAUUGAGAACUUGAAUAAGAUCAUAUUUGCCGAGGAUUUCGAUAGCAUUCCGCCAAGUGACAUGGAGGCCGCUCUUGACAUGCCCUAUGAUACGGAUAUUGGCGAAGGACGCGAUGCGGAUAUCCCGGAUGAUCCCAACGAUGCCAUGAGGUUCAACAUCAUGAAACUCACCAAAGCCUCAGCCAAGAAGAACGUCAACGAGAUGUUACACUUGUUGGACCAGGCGGGCAAAACCGUGGUUAUGAACAGCGUUCAAGGUGAAGAGCUGAAGACCAGUUCACCGAAUGGCAUCAAAAUGAUCAUGGCCAGAAUUCCGUGGGCCAAAACGAUUGGACGAGAUACGACUGAAGAUGGAUGGCCGGAUAUUCCAUUGCGUUUUGAGUUCGAUGACUCCAAUUCCGUGAUUCAAUUCCCAUUGGGAUAUUGUCCGGGCGAUCGGAAGAACAUUAGUGAUCCACAAAUCAACUUUCGGUGCAUUGGCGAAUGGGGCUUCGUUUUGAAAGAAUGGGAAACCAUUACCAAGGUGUAUCCGGCCAGCGCAAGGAAUUUGAAUGCUGUCACAAAACAACUCGAUAUCGAUGUCUAUGACGCCGAUGGCAAUUUGGUGGAUGUAUCAGAUAUGCAACAUUGGAUCGAAUUCAUUAUUGGACGAAUGAAGAUUAAGGAUCCGGGUGCUGUCCAAGUUCCUGUCUCAUCCAGAGCAAAUGUGGUAGUGGCCAAUAGAAUCGCCACUUUGGACCGCAGGAAGAAGCCCUAUAUCGUAUAUCACGAGUUGGGCGUUUCCAUCGAUUCCGCGUCUCUGAAUUUGCAGAUCAAGGUCGAUAAAAACAGUGGCAACGAUUCAAAUAUCGUCCUCUUGCUUCGAAAUGCCAAAAUGCCUUUAUUGAAUCAAUGCCACUUCUUGAAGAAAGUCAAAACCAUUUCCUUAAUGGAUGGUGAUUAUCGAGACUGGUUUAUUCCCAUGGAAGAUGUCCAGAAUCGAACUGGAAAAUGGUAUUUGGGUGUGCUAGCAGUGUCUAAUGUAGCCGAUCUUGAUGCUCUUGCGGAUAUGAUGCCUUGCGAGGAGCAAAAACUGACCAAAGACAUGAUUACCUCGGAUUUCAACACCACGGAGUACUCAAUUCAAGCCUUCACAUCGGGCUGUUACUUCUUGAAUAACAAGACGGACGAAUGGGAGUCCACUGGAAUGACUAUUCUUAAUACCUCAAAAUUGGUGACGGCUUGUGGAUCAAAUCACCUGACAUCCUUCGCUACCGGAUUUUUCCCACAAAUCAAUACCAUUGAUUUUGAUUUUGUGUUUGCCCAUGCAUCCUUUGAAGACAAUCUUACUAUCUACCUCUUGGUCAUUAUAUGUCUGAUCUUCUACAUCAUCACCAUGAUUUGGGCCGUUCUGAAGGAUCAAAAUGACGCAAAAGCGCUCAAAGUUCCACUGAUGAAAGACAAUAAUCCGGAGCAUACCUAUUUCUACGAAAUCAUAGUGGAAACAGGCCCUUUGAACUCUCAUGCCACGACUUCAAAUGUGGAGUUUAUUCUCUCGGGAGAGAACGAUGAGACUGAUGUUCGCCAAUUCAAGGAUCCAGAUCGAACAACGUUCAAGUCUGGGGCUUUGGACCCUUUUCUCAUGUCCACUGAAUAUCCCUUGGGAGAAUUGCAAUACCUUCGCAUUUGGCAAGAUAACACGGGAUUAGCUGAUAACGGAGCUUGGUAUCUUUUGAGUGUGAGCGUGUUCGAUAUCCAAACAGGGGAAACCACCCGAUUCAUCGCCGACCAAUGGUUGGCCGUCGAUCGAGGAACUUUCGAAGAUGAUGUCACGCUUCAUGCCAUUCACGAUGAAGAGGCUUUCAAUGCAUAUUAUCACUUAAAAUCCACGGGAAACUUCAAGUUGAGCGACGAUCACAUUUGGUGGUCCGUGUUCUCUCGGCCCAUUCGAUCACGCUUCUCUCGUUGUCAACGGGUUUCCACUUGUAUGGCCAUGCUUUGUCUGUGCAUGUUGGCUAACGCCAUGUUUUAUGGGACUUAUCCUGGUCGAGUGGCUGACCCAUAUUUCUCCCUUGGGUUUCUCAGUUUUGACCCCAUUGACAUUGGGAUUGGGUUCAUCAGUAACCUGAUCGUGUUCCCACCACUGAUUUUGGCAAUCAUAUUGUUCAAAAAAUCUUCAGUGUUUAAAAAACGAACAAGUCGAUUUGACCUUACUUUGGAGGAAGCCAAAGAGACAGGGGAGUUCAAUCCACCACCUCAAACAUUCACACCCAUGUACAAAGCGGAGAUUGCAAGCAAGUGGAAAUCCUGGCCAUUGGGUCUGCAUAUUUUAGCUUGGGUCUUGGUAGCGCUGUGUAUCCUAGGGGGCAUCUUCAUAGUAUUCUCUUACGGAAUUACCUUUGGCAAUGAUAAGACUUACCAAUGGACGGUGGCGAUGAUCUCGUCUUUCUUCUCAUCUGUCUUGAUUACACAACCUAUUUACAUCGUUAUUCUGACUUGCUUGAUUAGUUUAUGCUAUCAAAGGUCGAGAUUGGUGGAUCAUACGAACACUGAUGAAAACCAUCCUGUCAUCUAUUGGGAUCCCGCCAUACCAUCACAGAAACGCCCACGGAAACAUAAACCCAAAAGACGGGUUUUGGAGACGGAAUUUUUGGCCCAAUUGACGAAGAAGAAACUUCAAGAGAUGGAGAUGAAGACCGUUGUGCGAGAUCUGAUCAUCUACUUCUUUUACGUACUAAUCAUCUUCGUGAUCAGUUACGGCAACCGUGAUCCUAACUCGUUCCUCGAAAAGGAGUCUCUGGAACAAUCCGUGGUUCACGGUGCUUUGAAUUGCGAGGUUCUUCCUGAUGAUGAUCCCAAUUACCAAAGUUGUGACCCCGAUGAUGUUCCCGAACCUUACGUGGACUUCAUGAAAAUACGAGACGUGAACGAAUGGUGGUAUUGGAUGGAUAAGACGCUUCAACCCAAUGUGAGGGUCCAACCUUGGUACAACGGACGGCAACCUUACGGGUUAAAGGGAUACUUGAACGACCGAGUGAAUCGCCUUAUUGGAUACGCCAUUGUGCGCCAAGUUCGGGAAGAGCUCGGCACUUGCAAACCCGCCAAGGUGAUUCGUGAUAACAUUGAGACCUGUACAGGGAGUGGAGGAUUGCACUUGGAGGAUUCUCGGGAUUAUUGUGCGGGAUGGAAACAAUACGAAGUUGGGGGCGACAACAAGAACUGUAAAGAAGCCGAUGAAUUCAGGUACACCACGUCCACUGAUUUGGAAUCGGCUCCGAUAACAGCCGGAAUCAAUACGUAUGGAGGAGGAGGCUAUGUUUUCCGGAUUAAAGGAUUCAUUGGUGAUGUGGAAGAAAAAAUCCAAAUGCUCAAGGAUGAGAAUUGGAUUGACAAUCGGACUCGAGCUGUGUUUGUAGAAUUCUCUGUAUACAACGCUCAGGUUAAUAUGUUCGGUAUCGUUACUUGUGUGGCCGAAUUCAUUGGCGGAGGAGUCCAACCUUGGUUUCGAGUGGAUGCCGUGCGAUUAUUUGCAAAUGUUGAUGGAUUUGGGUUCGUGACCACGGCAGCGGAAAUCCUUUUUGUGGUGGCCUUCUUUUACUACGUGGUCAACCUCAUUGUGGUGAUGAAAUCAGAGGGUUGCUCCAAGUUUUUCGAGAGCACUUGGAACGUGAUCGACCUUUUCACCGUGAUCAUGUCGCUCAUUGCUUUGAUUCUGUACGUCAUUCGGAUGCUGAUUACUCGAGAAAUGACCAAACGAUUCGACGAAACCAAAGGCAAUGCGUACAUUCGACUCAGCUACGCUUCCAUCGUUGAUGAAUAUUACACCUACGUGGUCUCGUUCACGGUUUUCACCUCCACGUUGAAGUUCUGUCGACUCCUAAGUUUCCAAAAGGCCUUCAUGCAAGUGGCUGCCACGAUCCGGCUCUGUUUCCAGGGACUCUCUACAUUCUUUGUGGAGUUUUCCAUCGUUUUUGGCGGCUUCACAUCAUUCUUCUACUUCGUCUUGAAGAACGACUUGGAGAACUUCCGCGACUUCAUCCGAUCAUUGGAAAACACUAUGGCCAUGAGUAUCGGAAAGUUCAACUUUGCAGAGUUAAGAGCCGCAGAUGAAAUGGCGGCCUGGAUUUUCUUCAUCUUCUCCGUCGUGGUCAACAUGAUCCUCAUCAACAUGAUGAUGGCCAUCAUCAACUUGGCCUUUGAGGAGAUCAAAUCCAACGAGGCCGAUUAUCAGAAUCGCUUCGAAUUAGUGGAUUACUUGAAGCGGUCAGUCAGGGAAUUGGUAGGCGUACAAGUGGCCCAGCCCAUCGUGCCACUGUAUCAAGACGAAGUUGAGCAUGAAUUGAACGACAACAGCGAUGAUGACAAUGGCAAUAUUGAGGGAUCCGGAGACGUGUCCACGGAUUUCUCGAAUAAGACCGAUCAGUUACUCAAGUACAUAGAAACGACCUAUCUUAGUGGACUUGUCAGUAAUGGCGACAACAUCAUUCACAAGAUGAAAGCCACGGAUCCCGAUGAUAAGAAGAUAAUCAACUACGGAUUUGAUGCGCUUUUCAACGGAAACGAAAAGAAAGAGGACUAGUCAUCACUGUAACGAUAAUAUAAUACCAAAUGGAACCAUGAAACAAAGCUUAGUUUUUGAUCCCGCGAAA